AUGUCUGGUGGAAAUAUAAAGCCAGGACCAGCUGCAGGUGAUUCGGAAACUCGAAACGCUCCCGUAAUCGAGACAUUUGUCAAUCGGGAGAGUGAAUUGGGUACAUUGUCUGAGCCACGGCCUGCAACUCUCCAAGUGAAUGCUCUCAUCACUCCUGUUCAGCAUCGUCAGUCAAUGCCUUACGAGGGAGUCAGCGCCAGACUGGCUGAUCACCCACAGUCAACUCGAAUCUUUAGUGGCGUGCAUGUAACACCGGCCCAUCUAACCGGUCAAGCCUCCAUAAAUGUUCGCGAAACUCCAUCCACUCAAUUUGGUCAGAAUCAACAAAACAAUAACAUGCUCUUUCAGAAAUCAACUCUUCAUGUACAACUCACAGGUGUGAAACAGAAUCGAAGGAUAGGUCCUAAAACAAACAUUUUGCAACAUUACUCUAUCAUUAAUGGCAAGGAUAUUUGCUUGCUUAAUCAAAUUUCACCUCUACACGAUUUCCCAAAUUCAGCAGGAACAUGUAGAACCAUGCUCCGUAAAACAGUGGUCUAUCGUAAGGCGCAUGCGUUCUGCUUAUCAACAUCUAUCGUGGCCCUUGUUCCUAUCCUUUUAGAGUCCUGUUUCUUGCUUGCAAGUCUAUACAUAAAAAACAACUGUGCUAUUAUUGCAUCGUUUGUAUCUCGUACAGCCGUGCUGUCUAUCAUUAUCGUUCUGCUUGAAUUAACAAAAUCAUCUCUUCAGAAGGUAAAGCUAUCUAAGUCGACAGCUUCAUACUCUUCAAAUACCGCCAGUAUUGACUUUCCUACGUCGAGGAAUGGCUUUGAAAUGUGCACUAAGAAAGGUCUUGCUCUGCCGGUUCUAAUUUUAUCCUCCUCAGUGGACUGUGCUGUGGACAGAAGACGUUGCGAUGAAAAAACACUAUUAACAAUGGUGCAGAUCUUGCUUUAUUUAACUCUUCUCGUUAUUCUUUUCGGUGCAGCCGUCUGGCUUUCAUUAAAACGUUUUGAUUUACUUAAGCAUGAGACUUUUGGAAAUGCAUCUAGCGGGAGUUCACCCAUCAUCGAGCCGAAAAAAGAGUGCUCCACAUCGGACAUUAAUGUUGGUCUGUUCAUCCUCGUUACUCAUGCACUAUUAAUGACGCUACGACUUGUCAUAUACUGCACUAGCAGUUGGACCAAAGGCAUGUGCCUCCUCACAGCACACCGCAGGUCCACGGCCGUGCAUGGACCUCUUUUUCCCCUAAUGGAAGUGCCGUUACCUUCCCUAGACCAUUUACCCGUAUUCCACCAACAUGCUGAGUCAGGUGCAUCACAAACCUUUAACCGUUGA